GCCAGAGAGAGGACAUCUUUAAUCUUUAACCCUUUAAGUGGCAGGACUAUGGCAUCAAAUUUUGAAUCCUCCAUUCAGAGGGGGUGUGAUUUCAUCCAUGAUUUCGCCUGUUCCGCUUGUGAAGAAGAUGGAUUGAACACGGAAGCUCAACAUUUCUGUAAUCAGUGCACGAAAUAUUACUGCGAUAAGUGUGUCCCAGUUCACAACAAGCUAUACAAGAGACACACAGUGCUCGACCGGAAGGACGUGAAGAAAUGGGCCGCAGCACCAGAGAUGGUAGACGUCCUUGAGAGAUGUAACAGGCACCCCGGGGAGACGCUCAAACUUGUCUGUGGUGACCAUGACAAGCUGUGUUGCCAUGUGUGCGUUGCCAUGGAUCAUAGACACUGUUCAUCAAUACAGCACAUUCCAGACGCUGCAAAGGGCAUCCGCAAAGAUCCCGAGUUUCGUCAACUACCUCAACGGGUGGAUGUUCUAAGAAAGCAGAUAGAAGGUAUGAAAAACGACAGAAAGAAAAAACGUGCUUCACUACGGAAAACUCGAACAGCCAUAAUAGAUGAAAUCAAAGCAAUUCGUAAAAAGAUCAAUGACAUUCUUGACAAGAUGGAGAAAACAACGGUUCAAGAUUUAGAUCGACUGGUGGCUGAUCAGGAACUGUCUAUUAAGAAAGAUAUGGACUCCUGCACACAGAUGCACGACGAAUUAAAGAGCAUUAUGGACGACAUACAGAGCAAAGACUCAUCAGGCGAACCACCCAUAUACAUUGGGUUCAGAAAAUGUGAAGAAAUAAUCAAACAAGCAAGCGAAAUACUGCAAAACAUGUCAAAUGUUGUCAAAUACGAUAUAACUUUUCGUAAACAUAAUGAAAUAGAAGAUAAUUUGUCCUCGAUGAAGAAUUUUGGAGAGUUAAAUGAAUCGAAUGUUUUUGGUGCACAACCACAUGCAUCGCUAUUCCCUAGAGAGCAUGUAUUCGCUACCGAAAGUUACAAGGAGUACAACGUACGGAUGAGUUCAGACAAAAUUUCAUGUAAUAUUCAAGGGAUAUGUGAGCUGCCUGGUGGAGAGAUUGUUAUUUCAGACUACAACAACAUGAAAGUAAAACUCCUUGACCAGGAGUACAGGGUUGUCGACCACCGUGAUGUCCCCGAGUAUCCAUGGGAUGUGCGCCACAUAGGCGGAAAUGAGGUUGCCGUUUGUGUUAACAACAAUGAUGACGAUAGACAUGAACUUCAUUUCAUUAACAUAACAAAAGGGACUCUUGUGACUACGAGAGAAUUAAGUUUCCCCCAUAACUGUUUCGGUGCAGUUCAUCUCGGGACCAACCUUUACAUUUCCUCAUACACCGCGCUGUACGUAUAUACGAUAACGGGGCGGCCAGUAAAGAAGCUAUACGAGUACAAGUCCGAUGGUGGCACGGUGAGAAGAAUUGCCAUCAGUAACGACGGGAAGACUUUCUACAUCACAAACUCCUCAAACCAUCAACUUAUCACCCUGGACAACCUCGGCAACAAGCUGGCCACAUUCACUGAUCCUGACUUGAGGAGACCUUAUGGAGUACAUGUGACAACUGCUGGACACGUGUUCGUCUGCUACCUUACUUCCAAUACAGUGAUGCAGAUUGACAAGGACGGGAAGAUGAAGUUAGCCACAUUGGCAAAGGAAAAAGACGGAGUGUACGAACCACAAGCUGUAUACUUCAGCAACCGUACUUCCUCUCUGGUUGUCGGCGGAUAUAAAGACACGCUCCUUGUCGUCCAUGUACGUUAAAUAAAACAAUAGAUCCACUGAAAAUUGACAAAAUAUAGUUAAUAUAACUGGGUUUUUUCUUUAACCUUUUUCGUGUAAGUAUUAACACGGAUGAAAACUGUUUAAUAUAAUACAAAAAUCAUAUUUGCUUAAACAUACAUAUACAUUUAUAUUUUACGUAUUACGCUUGCUUUUUGCUAAAUAGUUAUAAAAAUGAUCGUGCGCAUGUUUUUCAACCAUAUCACUGCUGAUUUUGAAAUGCUAGUCACAUAUGAUAAUUAUAUGUCUGGUAUGAGUGUGUAUGUAUACGAAUAAAUUAUUCUCUCUUUAAAGGCCGGAGCACAUAAACCCAAAUAUCCUAUCGGACAGCAAUUUAGCCUAUUUAGCAGAGGAGGCGUGGCAAAUUGGGUUAAUGAGGCCUGCUCUGGUCAGCAGUUUUGAUUGUAAACAAUUACCUGGCUUGCUGUGUUAUAUCAUUCUGAUAGAGUGGCACAGAAGAAUGUGUCCAUUGGUUUCUCAUUUGAGAUUAGAUAAAUAAAGUUUCAUAUUACCAUAAACAAUACUUCUACGAAUUGUGUUAUAAUAAACCAUUUGAUAGUAUAUAUCACCCCAGACAGUAGAUGAUACAUACUCAUACUGUUAUAGUAAACCUGUAGUAAACAGUAAUUGGUAGUGAAGUUCCGUUGGCUGUUAAAGGGUCAUGCACUUUCAAGAUCUGACAAUCAACAUUGCUUGGAAUUUGUUUGACAGUUAUAAAAAAUAUAUUUGAAAGUAAUUUUUAUAACUGUUUGAGGGACAGUUUUACUACAACUACA